CGGCCGAGCAAGUUCCAGGAUUGGCUGGAAUGGGUGGAAGCAGAUCCAAUCAGCAAUCAGCGCGCGCGGGUUCUGGGCCGUAGAGCCACUUCUGGAGUAGGCUGAGGCGAUCUGAGGUCUGUGGUGUGGAGGAGUUUUUCUUAACAAGGUUAACAAAAAUCAUAAGGCACAUGUCAUUGAAUCAGCAAGAUCUAGAUCCAGAUAGUACUACAGAUGUGGAAGAUGUUGCCGAUGCUGAAGAAGAACUUAUUAAAAAAUGUGAAGAAAUGUGGAAAGAUAUGGAAGAAUGUCAAAACAAAUUAUCACUUACUGGAACUGAGACACUCACUGAUUCAAAUGCUCAGCUGUCAUUAUUAAUUAUGCAAGUGAAAUGUUUGACUGCUGAACUUAGUCAGUGGCAAAAAGAAACUCCUGAAAUGAUUCCCCUGAAUGAAGAAAUUCUGGUAACAUUAGGAAAAGAAGAGUUCCAAAAAUUGAGACAUGAUCUUGAAUUGGUGCUAUCUACUAUUCAGUCAAAUAAUGAAAAAUUAAAGGAAGACUUAGAAAGAGAGCAAAAAUGGUUGGAUGAACAGCAACAGAUAUUGGAAUCUCUUAAUGUACUACAAAAUGAAUUGAAACAGCAGGUUGUGACAUUUUCUGAAUCAAGAAUUUUUAAUGAGCUGAAAACAAAAAUGCGUGAUAUAAAAGAAUUUAAGGAGAAACUCUUGGUUACCUUGGGUGAGUUUCUCGAAGACCAUUUUCCUCUGCCUGAUAGAAACGUUAAAAAGAAAAAGAAAAACAUUCAAGAAUCAACUGCACAGCUGAUAACACUGCAUGAAAUGUUAGAGAUUCUUUUAAAUAGAUUAUUUGGUGUUCCACAUGACCCAUAUGUCAAAAUUAGUGAUUCUUUUUGGCCACCUUAUAUUGAGCUGCUCCUGCGUAAUGGAAUUGCCUUGAGACAUCCAGAAGAUCCAACCCGAAUAAGAUUAGAAGCCUUCCAUCAGUAAAAAGAUGGUGUUUUUUUCACACAGUACAUAAAGAAUUUUGUCAUUCAAGGAUAAUGGAAACACUGAGAAUUACUUGGAUAAAGAACGUUAUUUGCUAAUCAAAGCACAUAAUAUAGUCCAUUUUCCUUUCAUGCUUAAAAUGACUCAUGCUGCCAUCUACUAUUCAUUUAAAAAUGAUAGCUUCAUAGUCAGUCAGUGCUUUUGUGUUUUCAACUGAGUUGACAAGAAUGUAAGUAAAAACCAUUCUAGACUUAAUCAUUAUAAUACUUUAAAUAUACCUUCUGCACUAUUCUUUGGAAAAUUUUUUGUUAAUUAUAUUCCUAAUGUUUUUCUUUUAAAAUAUAUGCCGGUUUAUUUUAUACAUUUUGAGUUGUAUUUGGUGCUUACAUCCUUUAAAUUUAUAAAUUAUGGUGAAAGGCCAUAAUUUGCUGGAGGUUAAAAAACUGACUUAGUAUCUUAAUGUAUAAUGUAGCAUAAUUUUUAUAGUACAUCUGUUCAUGUAUUCUACAAUAUUUCUAGGUUUGUUAAAAAUUGGAAUAUUAAAAAAUAAUGAAUAAAGGUAGAUUAAAAGUAUUUUAAUGUGUAUUAUAAGUGAUAUAUAUAUUAAACCUUUCUUGAUUCUGUUAAUUAUUACUAAUGAUAUUGUGUUCAUAAAAUUUUGUUAAUCCUCUGUGACUUUUCUAUAAAUAAAAUUCUCAUUUAAAAUUC